AUGUCGACUCACACAUCGCCAUUACGGCGAGCCAACGCUUUACGGACCACUUCAUACCUCACGCUUCUACUGCUACUCCUAGCUGGUCUCUGUACUGGGCAUGCGAUCAGAAGCAAAACACGCAACUAUCCGCGAUUCCCAGCCUCUGACGUCGCUAGCAUAUCUUCCCUUUCCGAUCCAGCACCGCACAUCUCCCUCACCGACCGCAAAUCUUUCCUCUCCCGCAUCCUAAUCCCCCGACCGCCCGACACGCCCAACUCUCUCUCCGUCCGCAACUCAAUCCUAUCCAUCUUUCAAUCGCUCACACCAUCGUUCCCCAACGCCAACCCCACCAAAACAGGCAAACUCGGCUGGCAUACCCUCCAGCACUCCUUCAUAGCCUCUACUCCCGAAGGUGACAAAAACAUGACCAAUCUCAUUUUCACCAAAAACCCUUCUGCGCCGAGAAAGUUGAUCAUUGCUGCGCACUACGAUUCCAAGUUUUUCCCAAGGGGCUCCGGGAUGGAGCGGUUUGUGGGGGCAACGGAUAGUGCUGCUCCGUGUGCGUUUAUAGUUGAUCUUGCGGUUGCUUUGGAUGAUGCAUUAGAUAGAAGGGAGAGAGGCGGGGCGGGUAAGGGAAGGGAUACAACCUUGCAAUUGGUGUUUUUCGAUGGUGAGGAGGCGUAUAGACAAUGGACAUCUACUGAUUCGAUCUAUGGUUCCAGUGAACUUGCCAAACACUGGGGUGAGACAUAUUGGAAUCCUUCCCCCUCCACCUCCUCAUCUAAGUCAUCUCGGAAUCUAGAAGCAAGAAGGUUCAAGAAUAGUUAUGGACCGGUACAGCAUAUUCAAACGAUCGAACAUAUGGUUUUACUCGAUCUCCUCGGCGCACCUAACCCCACCAUCCCCUCCUACUAUGAUUCGACCAAGUGGCUCCACACUGCUUUUACAGAUGCAGAAAAGAGAUUGGCUAAAGCAGGCGUUUUAUGGCCGAAGGCAAGCAAGGGAGGAGAAAGUUUCUUUUCCAAUAAGAAAGCUUGGGGUGGCAUUGAGGAUGAUCAUCUGCCAUUCUUGCGCAAUGGAGUGCCGAUCCUGCAUGUUAUUCCAAGUCCGUUUCCGAAUGUUUGGCAUAAGUUGUCGGAUAAUAGGGAGGCGUUGGAUUAUGGUACUAUGUACGCUUGGUGUAUGAUUUUAAGGUUGGUGGUUGCUGAGUAUCUGGAGUUGGACGUAGGAGGAGGGAUGCGAAAGAAGGGGUUACGAGGUGAUGAGGUAGGAGCAGAAGGGUUUGAUUCAAUAGUGAAUGCAACAAGUAUCUUUUGA